CAUCCACGCCGACGAGCUGCGCAGGAGAGACAAGGGGGCGUGAGAAUCCGCCACAUCGCAGGACCGAACAAGAACAAACGUCCACCGGGAAUCUUACUCAACUAAUUUGAUCCAUCAUGGAGCAGAAACAAACCAUCAACUUUGGCGCUGGACCUGCAAAGCUCCCGCAAUCCGUGCUGCUUCAAGCACAGAAGGAGCUCCUCAGCUACAACGGCAUCGGUGUUAGUGUUCUCGAGAUGAGUCACCGAUCAGCGGACUUCAACAAGAUCCUCGACAAAACGGAAGGUCUCAUGAGAGAGUUGCUGAACAUCCCUGAAAACUACAAGGUGAUGUUCUUGCAGGGCGGCGGGUCGGGACAGUUCAGCGCCGUUCCCCUCAACCUGAUCGGCCUCAAAGAGGACAGAUGUGCCGAUUACGUGGUGACCGGCACGUGGUCAGAAAAGGCCGCGAAGGAGGCCGGGAAGUACGGCAAAGUCAACAUUGUCCACCCCAAGCUGGAUAGUUACACGAAAAUCCCCGACCCCAGCAGCUGGACCUUGAACCCCUCGGCCUCCUACGUGUACUACUGCUGCAACGAGACGGUCCACGGCGUGGAGUACAACUUCAGACCGGAAACCAACGGGGUGGUCCUCGUCAGCGACAUGUCCUCCAACUUCCUGUCCCGACCUGUGGAUGUGUCAAAGUUCGGGCUGAUUUUUGCCGGCGCUCAGAAGAACGUCGGCUGCGCCGGGGUAACCGUUGUCAUCGUGCGAGAGGACUUGCUGGGGCACGCUCUGAAGGAGUGUCCCAUUGUUCUGGACUACAAGGUGCAGGCUGCAAUGAACUCCCUCUACAACACGCCGCCAUGUUUCAGCAUCUACAUCAUGGGUCUGGUUCUGGAGUGGAUUAAGAACAACGGCGGCAGCGCUGCCAUGGAGACGCUCAACAAGCAGAAGUCGUCUAUGAUCUAUGACAUCAUCAACGCCUCCAAUGGUUUCUAUGAGUGUCCCGUAGACGUGACUUGUCGUAGCCGCAUGAACGUACCGUUCCGCGUGGGGAAGAAGGAGGGAGACGAGGCCUUGGAGAAGGAGUUUCUGGCUGGCGCAUCCAAACGUGGAAUGAUAUCGCUGAAAGGACACCGGUCAACUGGAGGAAUUCGUGCAUCUCUGUACAACGCUGUAACGGUGGAGGACACUGAAGCCCUGGCCGGCUUUAUGAAAGAAUUCAUGAAGGAGCACCAAUAAGAUGGCCACUCACACUUCUGCAUUUCAUCCAUCUGCGAGCGGCACCUUUAGAAGCAUGUUUUGUAAAAUCCCUCUUUUGUCCUUUUAUUUAGGAGCUUUAACCACUACUCUUACCAAUAUUGUCUUAAGUAAAUCUGUGUCAUAGAAGUACUAUCUUAAUGUUGACUAGCAGUGUUUUAAUAUACAUACUGUACGUAUUGCUAGUUUGCUUAAAAUAUGUUCAAAUUCCAUUAAAUCUGACUUUGCAUUAUC